AUGGAAGUUAAGACUAGAGUGCUGGAUUCACAGCAGCCAUUGUGCACCUAUGCCAAAACUGAUGACGGCGCCGAGCGUGGGCAACGUCUCGGAGCCGGCCGGAUUCCUGCUCUCGGGCUUCCCGGCCCGCGGGGGCUGCAGGUCCUGCAGGCGGGGGCUCUCGCCGCGCUGUACCUGGCAGCGCUGCUGGGGAACGUCCUGGUGCUGGCGGUGAUGAGCCUGGACCCCCGCCUGCACACGCCCGUGUACUUCUUCCUUAGGAACCUUUCCCUGUCCGACCUCUGCCUCGUUUCUGCCGGGGUGCCCAAAACCAUCGCCAACUCCCUGCGCCGUCGCAACUCCAGCUCGCUCCAGGUCUGUGGCGUCCAGGUCUUCCUGGUGCCAUUCUCGGCAGCCUCGGAGCUGUUCCUGCUCAUGGCGAUGGCGGUGGACCGCUUCGCCGCCAUCUGCCAUCCGCUGCAUUACCCGGUCCUCAUGGACGCGGGCACCUGUGCAUGGGCGGCCGCCCUGUCCUGGCUGGGCAGCGGCGUGGCAUCUGCUGCGCACACGGCCGGCACGUUCUCCUUGUCCUGCGGCCCCCGCGAGCUGCGGCAGCUCUUCUGUGACUUCCCCCAGCUGCUGGCUAUCUCCUGCUCCAAGCAGGUAGCCGCGGAAACCGUGCUGGUCUUCGUGAGCGCCGCGCUGGACGCCUGUUGCUUCCUCUGCAUCGCCGCCUCCUACGUGCGCGUCUUCUCGGCGAUGACCAGGACGCCAUCCGCGAGGCGCAGGCCAAGGCCUAUGCCACCUGCCUGCCUCACCUGGCGGUCGUCCUCCUUUUCCUCUUAA